UAACAGCUGUAUUUGCAGGGAACACUGUUGCCUUCUGUGAGGAUUGUUCUGGAUCUGACAAUGACAUGAAUAACUGUGUAGGAUAAUGUAAAGGCAUUCUGUUAAACAAGGAUGCGUAAGCCACAGGCAAAUAACACAUUUAAUGGGAAUAAAGUGUUCUACCGCUCAACAGGAUCAGUUAUACAGACAAGAGCCUAACAAACCUGUUGUCACAUCUAGCCUUAUCUACAAAAGCCUGCAAUAGUGGCACUAUUUUAUGCGAUCUAGUAGCAAGUAGCAAAUUAGGAACUUCCCUUCAUGUGUAAGACCCACCUAUUCACCAUCCUGACCACACAAAUAUUCUGACUACAUAACUCAUAGUUAUUUGCAGAUACUGUAGAUGUGGCUAUUUUAACGUGUUGUUGCACAUGCGUGAAGGAACUCAGAGGGCCAUGUGUAUCCUGUUGAUAUGACAAGCAUAAGUUGAAACUUGAAAGUAAAACUACGUAAGCCUGCGCACUUCUGACCCAACAUACAGCUUUGUUGUCUUACCGAGUAACGGCAUUAGAAAGAUUCAUGUUUCUGCGUUAUACAGUUAUGGUUAAUUUUCACAAUCCGCUAACCACGGUUUUGGGAUCAUUCACACAAUGGUAGCUUGGUCUCUUGAGGACAUGGAGAAACAACGGGGAAAUGAUCAACGCACACCACAUUCCUUCAGGUCAGCAUUUUGUUUAAUGUUUCACACCUUAGCACAUGUUCUAAUCAUGUGAUUUGAAUGCGAUGUUUAUCAAAUAACAACUUGGAACCUCACCCUAACACUAUAAACCACACUUCCCCUGCCCCACUCACACCAAGUCUGCCUUUUCAAGAAGUGACUUGAUAGCGAUUUUAUUACGAAGGAUUAUAAUAUGACUUUCUUCUUUGGUUAUCUCCUAGAGUUCUUGAGAUGAAUGCACAAACUUUAAGUUGUUCUAGGUAAUAGCUUCCAACUGAAUGAAUUAAAAUGUAGAUUGCAUCUCAUCCUCAACAACUCGUCCAAACUCAGACUACUGCAACUCCUGGCCCUUACUUACGUGUUUAUCUAUUUGACGAGGGACAAUAUACAUCAAAACACACAGAAAAAUCUUUAUGAUUCAGAGAAAAUUUCAAUUGAUACAGUACAUGACAAAACCAAAAUUAAAAACAAUAGUACACAUGGCAAUAAGUCUAUCAUUUGUUUAACCACGGUUUAAUUUCUUCAGCGUAAAAGCACUGACAUUAGCAUAAUAUUUUCUGGAAAUGGUUGUAUUGGCCAACACAUCUGACAGAAAAUGCAGUCCAGGCAAAAUAAAUUCUACUUGCUGGAACUACUGUGGUUAUUCACAGUUCCCCAUUCAUUAGCAUUCAUUCUACAGUUUGCAAAACAGUCAUUUCAAUACUUGUGUUAUUACACAGAGUUGCUCAAAGUUGUAUUCACCCCACUUGCACCUUUCUACAUUUUUCUGUUUUACAACUUUCCAGUGAAUCACGGAGUGAUGACAACACAGGAAGUAAACAUCUGUAACACGGGCAUGUGACCUUCAACCUCACCCAAAAGCAUGAUGGGGAUCUGCUGCAACCCAUUUACCCAACACGCCCUACAAGGCAACCCUAAUGCUCAGCUCCUCAGUACCCAACAAUGCAGUACUGAGGACAGCCAGCAGGAGCCAGAGACGACCCAGACCAAAAAAAGAUCAUGGUGUCGUAAGAGCUGGAUUACUCUGUUUCUGUUCCUGGUUGUGAUGGUUCUUGUGUGCUUGUUGGAAUACUUCAAAGACAUUAUUUUAAUUUGGAAGAUUGACCCAGUUCCAACACCACACAUGUCCGUCGAGACGCAGGAAAAAUUCCUGGUGGAAUACCCACAAAAGUAUCACUUCAUUUUAGACCUGCCAGAGAGAUGUCGGGAGGAGAACCCGUUCCUGGUUCUGAUGGUGCCUGUGGCGCCCUUUAACAGGCAGGCACGUGACGCCAUCCGCAGUACCUGGGGCAGUGAGAAGCAGGUCCUGGGCAAAGAGGUGCGUCUGUUCUUCCUUCUGGGACUGCCAAAAGGAGAGGGGGCAGAGAACCUCCAGGAGAAGGUGUUGGAGGAGAGCAUAGAGCACCGAGAUCUGCUACAGAGCGACUUCAUAGACUGCUACAAAAACCUGACCAUCAAGACAAUGGUGAUGAUGGAGUGGCUGAGCUCUCGAUGCCCCAACGCCUCCUACGCCAUGAAGAUCGACUCAGACAUGUUCCUCAACGUGAACACCUUGGUCAGCAUGCUUCUUACUUCUGCAGAGAAGCAGAAUUACAUGACUGGACAAGUGGCAGUUGGUGCCGCAGUUCUAAGAGACCCUAACUCCAAAUGGUACCUUCCCUGGGAGGCUUUUCCUGAAUCCGUAUAUCCACCCUACGCUCUGGGCCUGGGCUACGUCUUUACGUUGGACCUCCCCGGGAAGCUUGUGGAGGCGUCCAGGCAUGUUAAAGCCGUCUACAUAGAGGAUGUGUAUCUGGGUCUGUGUAUGAGACACCUGGGCAUCCGUCCUAAAGAUCCACCCAGUUGGAAACUUUUUCAGGGGUACACAAGCUAUCCGAGUCGCUGUCAUUACAACUAUGUUAUUACGACCAUCCUCUGGAAUUCUCAACAGCUGCUAGAUGUAUGGAAAGAAUUCAAAAGACCAGGGGCUGCCUGUUGAAGCACCUUCGAUGGAUAAUCAUGUUUGGGAAGGGCUAAUCCAUGUUUGGGAGGGGGAAACCUCUGACAUCUUGAAUCACCCCUCCACACCCCAGUUCGAUGUUGAACCAAAUGUGAUAUUUGAUCCAAAAGUGUUAAGCGUAUAUUUGAGGCUGUUAGUCUAUAUAAAUAUACGGUGCAAAGGUUUUGGUGCAAUCAGAACCUUUGAGAGCUCUUUAUUUUUUACUCUAAAUGUUUGCUGUAAUUUAGUUCUAAAGUAUAUUAUCCUAUUAUCGUACAAUGGAUGCUAGCAAUUUAGAAUGCUAGCAUCAAUUGCACCCUUUAACCUUACCAUUUCACACAACACAAACGUGUGUGCUGGAAUGCCAUUACUGGUGACGUGUUAAUUAUUAAUUCAGUUACCUUUUUUUAUAUCGUUUUUGUUAAUAGAGAAUGAAACGUCAUUUAUAGAUGGAGACAAUUUUUUUAUUGUUGCUGGCCCACAACAUCAAGGUUGUACAAAGGUCAAUCUCAGUCUCGGGACUUCAAUCAAAAGAGAAAAACUAGGACUAUGAAAGAUGUUGAAAUCUUUCACACAAUAAAAAAAUGAAAUACUCAGUAACAUGUUUUAUGUUUCAGAAAGGAUGGUGUGGUUACAAAAGUUGUUAGCUCCCUUUUGAAUUUGAGCCCACAAUGUGACUCAUUGUUUGUUGUUGUUUAUUCUUUGCAAUCACUUUCUCUCAAUUUCAGGAAGGGAGCCAGUACUUCUUGAGUUGACUGUAGUUUUUUUGGUCACGGUCAGUAUUCUUUUGGGGGGCUUUUGGGGUGUCCCCUACAUAGGGUCUGUUGGGUCUUUUGGGGUGUCCUCUAUGUUGGUGUCACAUCCUGGCUGUGCCCCUAGCCAUCUCUGUGCUGGGCUCGGGGCAUAGCCCUUUUUUUGUUUUCCCCAAUUGGAGGCA